GCAACAACCUGCAUGUUAGGAAUCAAAAAGUUCUUCAGCAGCUAAUGUUAACUGUUAGCUUAACCACUGAAACAGGUUCAUUUAUUGACGUUAAUCAAACUCUCAGCAAUGUCUCACACUUCGAAAAUCAACAGCCUUUUAAGUAUCUUUAAAGCCAGAAAGUCCAGCAGAGCUAGCAACUCUGCAUCCAUGAAAGACGCUCAUGAAAACCAGGAAGACGAAGACAUUGGCAAUAGUUUCUCAUCGCCACGCUGUAAGGAAGAGCUGCCAUCCAGAAAAAUGUGUAACAGUGACAACUUCCAAGAGCUUAAAGAAACCCAAAUCCAACUAGAGAACUGCCUGCAAAUCCUUAGAACGAACUACUACCGAGACCACACUAUGAUAAUGCAAGCCCUCGAAGAAGGAAACUUAAGGCAGGAUGUUUUAACAAAGGAACUUGCUGACCUCAAACUUUAUAAGACUGAAACUCUGAACUUCAAAGAGGAGAUGAUUGGGAAUCGGGUUCAUGAAGCUACAACAGAGAUUCAUGAGGCGCUGGAGGGUCUUCAGUGUCGUGUGCUCAAGCUUGAACAGCAGCAACCACAACAGCAGACGAGUAUCAAAAGGCCUCAAUACACCAUGGUUGGAAAAAUGCUCAACUCUCUGUCCUCACUGGGCCAUUUUGUCAUGGCCCUGAAACCAUCUGGCCCCAUGCUUUUUGCCCUGCUCUCAGGAGGCCUUCUCACACUCAUGUUGAAGUACCAGGGUUGUUUACGUGAAUACUUUGACUUAUUCUGUACCUUAAGCUUACCAAGAUAUGAGAAAUAAAAGUUUGAAGCAGUGUGA